AUGUCAGCAAGUCCAUGGCAUGCGAUUCGAAACAUCCCUCUGUCGGAGCUACGUGGACGUCGGUUACGAUUCCUUGUACCGUCGAUUGAACCACCAUACGUGAAUUAUGUGAACUUUUCGCAGGAUGCUGUUAAGGAUAUGGGAUACGGCCCUGGAGUAGUGAUCGAAAUUAUGAAAGACGUCGGAAAAAUUCUCAACCUCACUUAUGAAUUGGUGUCGACGAAUGAUACGAAAUGGGGCAACUUGAUUAAUGGAAGUUGGAAUGGAGCGUUCGGAAAGUUGUAUCGUGGGGAAACUGAUAUGAUCUCCGGUGCGGCAAUUAUGCAAUAUGAUCGGAGUUUAAUCUCGGACCUGACAUAUCCAUUUGAGUUUGAAUUGACGGGGAUGCUGAUACGAUCCCCGAUGCGAUACCUUGAUCAUCCAUUUCUUAUCGUGACGCAGCCAUUUAAAUGGGAGGUGUGGGGCCUAACACUAAUCGCCAUCCUCCUCUCGGGUGUGGUCUUAAAAUAUCUGACAACCACACUCGGAGCCCUCGGAGAACAGCAGUAUUCAGCAUUCGACUCCGUUUGGAUAUUUUUCUCUAUUUUUGUACAGCAAGGACUACCUCGACAGCCGUACUCAUGGACUUGUCGGUUUCUUUUAGCACUUUGGUGGUUGAGUGCAAUGACAUUGAUGGCAACAUUUACCGCGGCCGAGGGAAUGCUUAAGGCUAUCAAAGCCGGACAUUAUACAAUGUUAAUGGAUGUCAAUAGCCAGUCCAGGACCGAGAUGAUUGCUAAAUCGAAUGCCUCACUAUUUCGAGCGCUUUGGCAUGAAAUGAGUGUUAAUAAAAAAGUUAAAUAUGUUGAUGGGCUUGAGAAAGGCGUGGAACUCGUUAAAUCAAAUGUCGGAUAUGUAUUGGUGGCUUCGAUGGUUAGCCUGGAAUAUUAUGCGUUUGUCGAUUGUCAACUCUCACUGAUACCUGAAGGCUUUUUGCCGACCUACCUUUCCAUACCUUUACAAAAGAAUUCUCCGUUCUCCACAUUUUUCUCCAACCGCAUCCAAGAACUAAACGAGCGAGGUUUCAUACAAAAAUGGAUGAAAGACUAUCAGAUCUAUUUGGCAUCGAGGCGAACGAUUACCUGUAAUACGACCACCAGCGAAAAUGCGUUCCUAUUUCUGAUUGGCGAAUAUGGAUAUCAUCUCUUCCGCCUAAAGCAUUUUGAACCGAAAAUAGCUCCCAAUUCCGCAAUGGCCAGCGACAACGUCUCGACGUCAAAAAGUUCGAGAAGUUUUGGUGGGCCAUCUCGUCAAACCUCGAUUGUAUCACCGGAAACCGGCGAAUUCUCCCGGCGAAGAAACGUCUUGAACUUGACGCUGCCAAUCGGAAGCAUGCAGGCAAUCCCACCGGAUGAGAACUACUUAGAGAAUCCGGAAACGGGCUCUCCCAAUGAAUCCCUCGACGUUUUUGAUAUGAAAUUU